GCAGAGCCAUGAAUGUCAGCAGCAGCCAAACUGUGAACAGCACCACUCAGAGAGCGCUUCGAGGCAAUGACCCUGUCCGUCUGCAUGUGACCACAGCAUUGGCUCAGGUCAUCGUGUGGCCCUUCAUCCUCGUUGACCUUUUCAUGCUGCUGGUCUACUUGAGGAGACCGGUGCUAAGAGCAGAGGCUCGUUAUGUCCUGUUUGCCCAGACCUUGUACGCCGACUCCAUCUUCCUUCUGCUCACUAACUUUGGACUGAUCUCUUACUAUGUGAACCUGCUGGUACCUAUGUGGUUCUGCAUCCCACUGUGCAUUGUGAUGGGUGCUUUGGCCCAGGUCUCGCCCAACAUCAUCCUGUUCAUGUGCCUGGAGCGAUACGUCGCUGUCUGCAUGCCUCUCAGGCACGUCAACAUCUUCACCCCCCAGAGGACCAUCCUCAUCAUCAUCAUAGUCUGGCUCCUCUCCUUCAUCCGGCCUGUCGUAGAUUUGAUCAUCUUUCUCACCUACAUUGCAGAGAGCUACUUUUAUAAGAUGACCUCUUGUUCAUACGAGGUGCUACUGCAGCAGGACUGGCAUAUGUUGAUGAGGGGCAAUGUGUAUAUCCUUAAGCUUGUGUUUACUGUGCUUAUCUUGUGCUUCUCCUACGGGUCUAUCAUGUUGGUUGCUAAAAGGGCCUCAGGUGACAACAGACAGGCUGCUUCAAAGGGGCAGCGCACCAUGCUGCUUCACGUCUUACAGCUCUUCUUCUGCACACUGGAGGCCGUUAGCCCCUUUAUAGAAGCGCGGAUCCUUGAGAUGAGGGACAUCAAUUUGUUUCUCAUUGUGCGUUACUUUGAUUUUUUGGCGUUCCACAUUUUCUCCAGAGCGAUAAGUCCUCUCAUCUAUGGUUUCAGGGAUGAGAAGUUCUAUUCUGCUCUGAUGUACUAUGCCUGCUGUAAGUGUAAUCACAUCUCCUCACACCCUAAGGUUCCCCCAAAGUGGCAAGUUAAAUACCCAAAUAACAAGGAGUUGGAAAAUACACAAAAGUGAUAAUCUUGUAUUGAUUGAUAAAUUACUUUGAAAUCACAUAAAUAGCUGGUACAUAUACACUGUAUAUUCACAGGUUUUAUAUGUAUAUUGAGCUUUUAUAUCAAAUAAUAUACAGUCCUUUUUCAUCCACAUGCAGAAGAGAACCAAGCUGAAAAACAUAAUCCUCCCUGUUUUAUAAGGAAAACA